UGACACCAAAAACUAGAGUAUGGUGAUUUUCCUUAUCAGUUAUUUUAGUGAACAAAGGGGAUUAGGACCAGAAGACAGGUUUAAACAAUAGCAUAUAGACGCAUAGGAGAAAGGAGGCCAACUAAGUCAUGAGGAAAAACAGACACAACUGAAGGAAAAACAAAAGACAUAUUACUCAAGACACUCAAUAAUGUUCUACCCCGUUACUUCUUCUUUCCAUCUUAUCAUUAGAAAAAGAAAAAGAAAAAAAAAACUAGUUCAGCUGAAAAGAAGAAAAGAAAAGAAGAACAGAAAAGAAGAACUUACUUUUUUAAGGGGGAAAAAAAAAAGGAAACUCACCAAAGAAAUUGUCUUCCCUCCUUAUUGUGAGUAAAACUUGGUGUGGACGCAUUCCACGCCCAAAAGAUUUGACACCACAAAUUUCUAUGGAUCUCUUCUUUCUUUUCUUUAUUUGGCCCCUCCUCUACGGCAAUCUAUAGAAUCCGAAAAAAUAAUAUUCAGCCCUCCAGGGCCUAUUUUCGAAGACCCUCUUUGCGGACACAAACUUGCCUGUGUCUCUAUAAAUAUGCACAAUCCCAUGCCCCCUUUCAAUCAACAUCUAACAAUCCAACCUUCUCUACUACAAAGAAAAGACCUUAAACUUCUCAUAUCAAGAAACAAAAAUGGCGUUCAACACGAAGCUUCUUUUGGCCAUUUGCUGCGUCGCAUUGGUCUUCACUCUUGUCUCUGCAAACAUUUCUAAAGAAGAGAUCGAUGGCUUCGUCGAGGAGCACAACAAGGCUCGUAAAGAGGUCGGCAACAAACCCCUCAAGUGGAACACGACCUUGGCCCAGUAUGCCCAAGAAUAUGCGGAUAAAAGAGUUGGUGACUGCGCCAUGGAGCACUCGAUGGGGCGUUGGGGUGAGAACUUGGCCUCCGGCGACGGCAUGAGCGGCGCAGCUGCCACCAAGUAUUGGGUCACCGAGAAGGAGUUCUAUGAUGAAAAGUCCAACAAAUGCGUCAAAGACGAAUGCGGUCACUACCUUGCUGUGGUAUGGGGCAAAACCACUGAGGUUGGAUGUGGCAUUUCAAAGUGCAACAAUGGACAGAACUAUGUGGUUUGCAGCUACGAUCCCAUGUACCAGCCCGAGGACGAGCGCCCCUACUAGACAAUGUAUGUAUGCUUGCGUGCA